UCUACGGGGCCACGGCCACGGCUCUGGGGCUCUUCAUCUUCGUGCACCACUGUGCCCGGCGCCGCGACGUGCAGAGCUCCUGGGCUGCCUGCUGCCCGUCCUACCGGCACGCGCUACCCAUGCAGGCCUUCGUCCAUCCGGGCAUGGCCCCCGCGGAGGGCUCGCAGAUCUUCAUCGGGUGCAGCCCUGGGGUGGCUCAGUCCCUCAAGUCCUCUUCCUCGCCCAGCAGCACCAACUCCACCGUGGGCCCCUGCAAGCUCACCAACCUGCAGGUGGCCCAGAGCCAGGCGGAGAGCUGCCCCGCACCGCGGCCGGCCUGCUGCGAGGAACCGGAGCCGGCCAACAACAAGAACGCCCAGGCGGCCCGGCACGCCAGCAACGCGGGGCGCAGGGCUCACAAGAGCAGAGCCAAGCAGUACCGGGAGGGGAAGCACCAGCGCCAGAAGGCGCUGCGGGGGCCUGCUGCAGACCACCCCUCCAGCGAGAGCAUCCCGAACAGCCAGCCGCAACAGCCCCCUGAACAACAGCCGCCUGGGGCCAAGGGCGGCAGCGGCGCAGGACGGGGAGGCUGCUCUGAGCCAGUCCGAAGCGAGCGACGGGGGCAGCAGCAGCCAGCAGGUGCCCGACUUCAGCAGAGCUCAGAGGAGAAGCGCCAGCAGGGACAACCUCCGCCAGGCCCACGCCAUUGAGAAGGAGACGAAGCGGCGCUCCUACCCGCUCAACGUGGCCAGCCAGAACGGGGCGCUGAAAGGCAGCAAGUACGACAUAACCCUCCCCGGCGCGGAGAGCACGGCUGGCAUGAAGACGGGCCUCUGGAAGAGCGAGACGACGGUGUGAGGCAUGAAGGGCCCGGGCAGCUAGUCUCCUAGCGUGGUCCUCCGCACGCUCGGCCGGGGCCUGGGGGACCGGGGGAUGGCGCGUUCAGGUCGCAUGCAACCUUCAGACAGCGUCCAGGUGUGUCAACACAGACCCGCACUCCAGCGGCUGGGCGCUCCUGUCCAGACUGUUCUAAUCCUCUGGCAGUCGGCAGGGAGCGGUGCGGUGCAGCCCCCCGGGCGCUGGUAAUGGAGAGUCAGAGCCCAGCACAGCCGACUCUCCAUGGGCGGGGGACCCCGGAGCGCUGAGAUCCUAAGGCGACAGACAAUCACAGCCAUGCAGGCUGCUGAGGAACAAUCUUAUUAAUCACUUCUGCAUGCCUGGAGAGACUGAAUCUACAGCUAUUUUAUAAAUAUACCGAAGAAAAGUGUUUAUUUUUCAAAUCUAUAUUAUUGGAUGUAUAUAUGCGUGGACUGGCCGGUAGCUGAUGGAAGCGCCUCCAUGUUACACGAGCGACGCGUUUUGGUCACUCAGAACCAGCUCCUUCAGGGGAAGAUGCUGCCGGAGAGACGUGUCUGUUUCAGCCUCACUGAAAACGCUUUCAGAAAGAGCAUGAAAUCGCAAAGAUCUUCACAACAGAUGUAUAUUUAGCCCUGUGGGUUACUGAGCUACCAAAGUAAAAGCCAUAGUGAAAAAUGAACCAGAGGUGAGAUAAGAAACAGCUCAAAUCGUCUGCAUCUGACAGACACUAAAUCACUGCAAGAAAACUGCUCCCGAGCAAGGUUCAGGAACCUCAGAGGGCCAUGCUAUGCAAAAUGGUUGUUUGCUGCCGUGACUGGAAAAGUGGGGGCAUUAUUUUUACAGAAGUUACAUUCGGCGUGAAAGAUGUUUCAGUCUUGUAUAGCAGGUGUGGAAGUGGGGAGAGCCGCCCUGCUAGCCACUCAAGAAGGGAGGCACGGAACCAAAGAACUGGGCAGAUAAAGGUACUUGUCCUUAAAUCCCGUUCAGCAUGUACAGAACGGGCAGUUUUGCUCUUGGAGCAAACCAUGUAAUGCCAGUAACAAGUCAGAGUCUACUCCGUCUAGCGCCACGAGGAAAGAACAUUCGAUGGACCAGGAGUGAUUCUGUCCAGCCAAAAGGAUCUUGCUAUCCGAGUGGCGUGAGUGUGCAGAUGCCACACGGUUACACCAGCACACAGGAAAGCGGAAUGAGUUAAGUGUACAGCCACACCACUCCGCCUUCCCAUGUUUUUAAAAGGGCUGGUACUUGUACUGGAAAAACAAGUGCAGAGCCAAGAAAAUCAAGUACCCUCUUUCUAGUGCAAAGUAUAAAGCAGCUUCUUACGGUAAAUACAGAUGGGGCCCAGAGCCGGUUGCGGACAAGAAGCCUUAUGUCAAAUGUUUAUAGAAGAAUGUCUCCUAAAAAGUUUCUAUUCAAAACACGGCCCCAGCAGUAAGUUUCAUGUUCCUGUUUUGUUAGUGAGAUUUGCUGCCAAUUCCACCCCAUGUGCCUAUUUGGUGGGUGCCCGGAGCCUCGCUCUGCCUGCUGCUAUAGAAACGGGGCAAACAGCACAUCAGUAGCCCCUGGGUCGG